UAGAUGAUGGUACUGGUGUUAUCAUGAGAUUCUCUAUCUAUGAUAAUUAUAUGAAAAAUUCACAACUUUUGAAACAAGUCAUUCUUGAGAAUUAUACCGAAUCAGAUAAUUUAUCGAAUGAAUUAUUAUCCAAUUCUCAAUCCGAUUUAAUUUCAUUGGUUAAAUCUUUAAAUUUGGAUUAUUCAAAAAUUAUUAUGCCAAAG